AAAUAGCCAAAGCAACCUGUGCAAUAUUUGGCACUCACUGAAGCACUAUCCCUCCCACCAUGACAAGCCACAUUGACGACAACCUCUGGAUAAUAGCCCUGACCUCGAAAUGCACCCAAGAAAACCUUGCAUGGGUCCUUUUGAUCAUGGGCUCACUCUGGUUAACCAUGACUUUCUAUUACUGGUCACACCCCGGUGGUCCUGCCUGGGGCAAGUACUACACCUACUCUCCCCCCCUUUCAAUCAUUCCCGGUCCCAAAGGCUUCCCUCUUAUUGGAAGCAUGGGCCUCAUGAUUUCCCUGGCCCAUCACCGUAUCGCAGCCGCGGCCGCCACAUGCAGAGCCAAGCGCCUCAUGGCCUUUAGUCUCGGCGACACACGUGUCAUCGUCACGUGCCACCCCGACGUGGCCAAGGAGAUUCUCAACAGCUCCGUCUUCGCCGAUCGUCCCGUCAAAGAAUCCGCAUACAGCCUCAUGUUUAACCGCGCCAUCGGCUUCGCCUCUUACGGAGUUUACUGGCGAAGCCUCAGGAGAAUCGCCUCUAAUCACUUCUUCUGCCCCCGCCAGAUAAAAGCCUCUGAGCUCCAACGCUCUCAAAUCGCCGCCCAAAUGGUUCACAUCCUAAAUAACAAGCGCCACCGCAGCUUACGUGUUCGCCAAGUGCUGAAAAAGGCUUCGCUCAGUAACAUGAUGUGCUCCGUGUUUGGACAAGAGUAUAAGCUGCACGACCCAAACAGCGGAAUGGAAGACCUUGGAAUAUUAGUGGACCAAGGUUAUGACCUGUUGGGCCUGUUUAAUUGGGCCGACCACCUUCCUUUUCUUGCACAUUUCGACGCCCAAAAUAUCCGGUUCAGGUGCUCCAACCUCGUCCCCAUGGUGAACCGUUUCGUCGGCACAAUCAUCGCUGAACACCGAGCUAGUAAAACCGAAACCAAUCGUGAUUUUGUUGACGUCUUGCUCUCUCUCCCGGAACCUGAUCAAUUAUCAGACUCCGACAUGAUCGCUGUACUUUGGGAAAUGAUAUUCAGAGGAACGGACACGGUAGCGGUUUUGAUAGAGUGGAUACUCGCGAGGAUGGCGCUUCAUCCUCAUGUGCAGUCCAAAGUUCAAGAGGAGCUAGAUGCAGUUGUCGGAAAAGCACGCGCCGUCGCAGAGGAUGACGUGGCAGUGAUGACGUACCUACCAGCGGUGGUGAAGGAGGUGCUGCGGCUGCACCCGCCGGGCCCACUUCUAUCAUGGGCCCGCUUGUCCAUCAAUGAUACGACCAUUGAUGGGUAUCACGUACCUGCGGGGACCACUGCUAUGGUCAACAUGUGGGCUAUUUGCAGGGACCCACACGUGUGGAAGGACCCACUCGAAUUUAUGCCCGAGAGGUUUGUCACUGCGGGUGGAGAUGCCGAAUUUUCGAUACUCGGGUCGGAUCCAAGACUUGCUCCAUUUGGGUCGGGUAGGAGAGCGUGCCCAGGGAAGACUCUUGGAUGGGCUACGGUGAACUUUUGGGUGGCGUCGCUCUUGCAUGAGUUCGAAUGGGUACCGUCUGAUGAGAAGGGUGUUGAUCUGACGGAGGUGCUGAAGCUCUCUAGUGAAAUGGCUAACCCUCUCACCGUCAAAGUGCGCCCCAGGCGUGGAUAAGAGAGAGUUGAAGCUUUUAUUAAAAAGGGAACAAGAAAAAAAGAAAAUGAAAUAUAUAGAAAUAAAACAGACAAGAAAGUAAAGUAAAGAUUAUGCAUGUUGCUGCAUGUAGGUUGGUGGUUGGUGGCAGGUGUGCAGCCACACAAUGGUAAUAUGGUGGAAGGGAUGGGUUAGGCUCUCUUUUUUUUUUUUAGUGGUCAAGUAUUAAGUCUUCUCAGCUUGUCUUCUUAUUACAAAAAAAGUACUGUUGCCAGUGUAAAUAAACUUAAUACGUUUUUAGUUGACU